UUUUUGCGAACAUUGUGUUGGUAAACCUGUGAAUUGCGGACUUUGGAAAUCCGGAAAUACCAAUUAUGCAAUCCGUGAAAACACAGACUUGUCGCGAUAAGUAAUUGAUCAGUGUUUCUACUUAAGUACGAUGGAUUAUUUUGGUUAUCCCAGAAAAUCUAGAUCAGCCCAGUACUCAAGACCCAAAAAAUUUCAAACGUCUCCAGUCCCAUGCAAAUUAAACCCGAACAUCGUCAAAACAAAAACCAACGCGAGAAGGGCAGUCACUUACAGAAACGUCCAUCCAACUGAAGACACAUACAACGACAUUUUAAGUUUGAUCACAAAUCAGACCAUAGUAGUUGAAAACUUGGUUCAGAUUAAUAAUCCAUAUUUAAAAAGUGCUUAUGAUCUUAAGAAGGAGCAAAAGGUGUCUCAAUAUGGAAACAAAGUAAGUGAAAAACUUCUGUUUCAUGGUACUAGAAAAGAAAACCUUGAUAGUAUUUGCACUUGGAAUUUUAACUGGAGAUUUUUUGGCGAAAGCACUGGGCACAAAUUCGGGCAAGGUGUGAGCUUUUCUCCAAACGCUAUGUACGCCAGUAAUUACUCAGAUACCAACUGUUACAACAAAGUCAUGAUUAUUGCUAAAGUGUUAAUAGCGCAAAAGUGCCAAGGAAACGAAAAUAUGGUGUUACCUCUGGAUGGAUGCGACACCAGUCAGAAAAACAAUGGCAUAGUUAUUGUUAAGUACGAAGAUCAUGAAUUUUUGCCACUAUACAAGAUGUACUACCACAUAGCUGAAUAUUCUGAUUCAGAGGAACAGUCUGAUGAAGAUAGUGAAGAAGAGGAGAGUUGGGAUGAAGAGGACGGUAGCGAGUAUGAAGAGGAAGAAGAUGAAGGUAGUUCUGACGAAGACGAAGAAGAGGAAGAUUGUGAAGAAGAAUCAGAAGACUAUGAUGAUGAAGAGGACUCUUAUGACGAAGAAGACUACUAUGAUUCUGAAGAGUAUUCCUCUGAUGAUUAUUAUGAAUAAAUGACGCUUCAAGGAUUAUAUUAAUAUCAAAUGUUUAAUAUUUUUGUUUUUUUAUUAAAUAAAAAAUUGUUGACGUAA